ACAUUGCCAGCACAGGCGUACUGUUUCAGGUGACUGUGAAACAGCACCAUCUUUAGGAGAAAGAGGGAUCAUACAGAGUCGUGAGAAAGAAAAGCGUUCUCUGUUCACUUGCAAAAAAAAUUCUCAUGGUAUUUUUCAGUUAUGUUCAAUGGAAAUGUGGUAUAUUUCUUUCAUCCAAGCUUAGCAAGUAUUAUUCGUAUUCUACCAUUGAUUUCAAGUUGUUUGUUAUACCCCAAACAAUCCACUUAAAGCGAUUUCAAGCUUAUUUUAAUAUUAUUACAUUCAUAUUUAUUAAAGACCCAAGUUAUGCAGACUUAACAGGUUGCAGGAAGAAAUAAAAGGAAGUGGUGAAUUAUUUAAGUGGGAACUUUUGAAGCGCAAAUCUGUUGCAAGGGAACGGAAGUAGGUAGUCACAUUGAACAUUUGUGAACCGGUGAGGUAUGUAGUAUGUACUCCUUUUGGAAUUUCCAGAACGAGCAUAAGAGUUGACUAAUUGUACACAGAUCGCCGUAUUCUUGGCUGGUAUUUGUUAUUUACACAUGUGAUUAAUUUUUUUAUUUUUAUCAACAUAACGUGAUCAGUCACGAUCAGUCUAAUCUACGAACCUGGCCAGCAGUUGCUAUUGGUUUGAAUGAAAGGAAUUCCCCUCCAUAGUGUAUUACACAUUUUGUUAAUAGAUACUAUGAAAACACCAGAAAACGUACUACUCAGAGUAUGUUGCUCUAUGGCAGAUACACGGACAUUUCCCCUUGAAACCCAGGACCAGGAUUGGGGAACAGUGCACUGUAGUUCCUUUUUGCUUUAUUGACUGCUUUUGGUAACCUUUGUGGUUUGUUGAUCAUUUUGUGUGUUAAGGAAUACUUUACAAAGGAAUACACACAAAAAUAAAAAUUCCCUCGUCAUUUACUCACCCUCAUAUCAUCCCAGAAUUGUAUGACUUUCUUUCUUCUGCAGAACACAAAUUAAGAUUUUUAGACAAAUAUUCUCAGCUUUGUAGGUCCAUACAAUGUAAGUAAAUGGUGGCCAGAACUUUGAAGCUCCAAGCAUGUCUUCAGAAGUGUUACGACCCGAGUGUUACAGAUGAGUUUUCACAAAGUAACUCAAGGAUUUAUUAACUAAAUAUAAAGUCUUUAAAUAACAAAAAAGAUUAUGUGUUUAUUUAUCAGUGCAAUCAGUAGUGUAGAGCAGAAUGCAUGCAUGAAGAUGUAAUGUACUGCAGGGAGAUGAUGGAUGCACAAAAUAAACAACAAAGAAAAAGGCCCAAAGGACACAAUAAGGAGCCCAGUUCGAAGUAGUCUCAGUCUUUUUAAAGGGCCUAGAUGUCCAUUGUUCAGGUUUGUGCUUAAUGAAGCAAUUUGGACUAAACCAAGAGCAACAACACGGGGAGCACAGACCGCAGGGCAAACUCAGGGUCGUCACAAAAAACUAUGUGAUAGGUGUGGGUGAGAAACAGAUCAAUAUGUAAGUCCUUUUCUACUAUAAAGCUCCAGCUUUGACUAGCGUACCUCUCAGUCUGCCACCACUGCAACUGGGGCAAACUAUUUAUUUAUUUAUUUUCUCCCCAAUUUGGAAUGCCCAAUUUCCAAUACGCACUAGGUCCUCAUGGUGGUGUAGUGACUCGCCUCAAUCCAGGUGGCAGAGGACAAAUCUCAGUUGCCUCCAUGUCUGAGACAGUCAAUCCAUGCAUGAUUGGGAACCAGAAGCAUGCAAAUCACCAAAAAACAAAAUAAGAAGAAUGUGGAAGUGAAAGUGAAGAUUUAUAGUAAAAAAAGAACUUAAAUAUUGAUCUGUGUGUUCUGGGAUGGCAUGAGGGUGAGUAAAUGGUGAGACAAUUUAAAUUUUUGGGUGAACUAUUCUUUCAAGCAACAAAUUAUUCAUAACAAAUUGACAAUUAUCAGACCCACAAUAGUAAGUUGCACAGCUGCAUAUUCUACAUUUAAGUUUAUGAUGCUCUGGAGGGUGCACCAGCCAUAGGACUGUAAACCAUGUUUGUCCCAAAGGUGGUUUCGUAGCUGGACCUGCUUUCUAAAGUGUCUGGUAAGCUUAUUCAAUAUUGUAGUGUUGAUAAACAUUUUGUUUUUUGCACAUUUCGUAACCAUCUGUUUUUCACAUUUUGUAACCGUGUAUUAUGUUUAUAUUGUGUUCUUUGUGCCUUAUGUAUAUGGUGCAUACAAUGGUGUAGUAGUGUCUGAAGAGGUGGGCAUAUUGUGAAUUUAUGAAAGACCCCCAUAAAAAAAAAAAAAAAACACAUGUCCUGAUCUCUAAAAUUCAUUUAUAUUUAUAUAUAGUACAUAUGUAAAAAGUGUAAGAAAUUAAAAAUUUCCAUUAAAAAAAUAAAAUAAAUUACUUGUAAAUAUAGUCCCACAUAAACUUACAAAAUGUAUAUCAGGUUUCUUGCUGGCAUGGUGCAGCGUACACUACUAAGAACAAUGGUAACUUGAUGUUAAAUAUGUAUUUGAAAUAAUAGGUGUCAUUAAUGUUUAUUUUAUUAGAAUACUAUGAAAAUUGUUAAUACUUUGUUAUAAACUAAUUCAUAAUACACAAUAAACUGUUAAGCAAUGCAGCUAAUAUGAGUAGUAAUGUGUACGUUUAAAAGUUAUCUUGUAUUACCAUGUAUAGCCUACAUAAAACUUAAUGGUUAUAUUGUUUUAUUUGUGUACUAUUAUGUGCUUUUCUGUGUAUAGUGAAAUUGUUUUCCUAAUUAGAAAUAUAAAUUGAAAUGUUAAUAUCACAAGAAAAAUGCACCACCGACAGUAGUAAAAGGCAAAAAAAGGGGUGCAAUAACGUGGAGUAAUUUCACGUUUAAUUGCAUAAGUUACAUUUAAAUGUGUGUGUGUGUGUGUGUGUGUGUGUGUGUAUACAGUAUAUACACACACACACACACAAUUCACUUAAUGGUGCUUUGGCAUCGUGUUAGCAGAUUGAAGAAGUUACAGGUCAUCUGUACAGGACUACUCGUUCUAACGGCCAUAGGAUCAUCACUUAUUUUAGGUGGGCAUAUGCAAAAUUCUAAGAAAGAUAGGUGGGCAUACAGCAUAUGACUAGACUACGCUACUGGGUGCAUAGUGUUUAUAGUGUUUGUUCUGUACAUUGUGUAUUUUAUAUUCUCUUGACUGUACUGAACUACAGUAUUGUGAUUCUUGCACCCAAGAUUUGCAAUCAUUACACCUUUGUAUAUGGUGAAAUGAUAUUAAAGUGAUUUGAUUUAAGAUUGUACAUGGUCUCCUUUUUCUUUUCUUUUCCAGGUUCACUGCAGAAUCAGAGCCUGGCAUUGGCAUAAUGGGCAAAAAAACUACCAUUGUUGAACAGUUUGUUCUUAAGUAUUGUCAGCUUACUAAGCAUAAUCGGUGAAAAAAGAACAUGCAUGUAAACGCAUUCAAAAUUGCUUUAUCGGGCUAGUCAGGAUGUGCAAACAAUCAAUGUUUAUACUGUGGAAAAUAAACCUACGAACGUCUUCUAGAAGUCUCUGCAUAUUAGGCGGGGAUAGGGAAAUGUACUGUACUUUUUUAGUACUGCACUGUAUGCUUAUCCUUUAAAUAAUCUUGUAUUUCUGUUUUAUGUAAUAAAAAUCCUUCUAUGUCAAAUAAAUCACUCUGGGAAUUUGCUUCAUUUUAGCUUUACAUUUUAUAUGAAUGUACUAACCAGUGGCAUGUUUGUGGUUAAAAAGCAAUAUGUACUCUUUUGAAAACUAAAUGAUAGCAUCAAAUUUGAGUUGUUGUCUUGCCAAAAUCUGUCUCUUAGACCCUUUGCCAUUUGUUAUUACAGGCUAAGUUUGAGAGGGAUCCUGUUUGAAUCGCUAGGCGACCUGGACUGGAGAAAGCCCCAGAGGGAUGGACGACACCCAAAAUCAAACUCCAUCAAUUAAAAUGAGAUAAAAAGUAUUGACAAGAUGUACAUGCUGUAUAAUGUGUCAUUAAAAAAAUGUGUCUAGUGUUUCUAUUCAUAAUACCUCUCAGUCUGCCACCACUGCAACUGGGUCAAAUUUAUUUAUUUAUUUUCUCCCGUUUUUCUCCCCAAUUUGAAAUGCCCAAUUUCCAAUGCGCACUAGGUCCUCAUGGUGGUGUAGUGACUCGCCUCAAUCCAGGUGGCAGAGGACAAAUCUCAGUAGCCUCUAUGUCUGAGUAAAGUAUUGACUUGAAAUUGUAUAAACAUUGUAUUUUAUAUGACAAAUCCAUAUGUACUCAUUACUGCAACAAAAGGCCUCACCCCUCAAGUCUCAAUAGUGCAUUUAUUAAGAGAGCUAUUUAUAUUUGAACAAUUUAAACAGAACCCAGACAACUCCUUUGUCUGAGAUGCUUUGGUGAUGGAGAAAAUUGAGCCACCACUAGGGUGAAGCAAAACAUCAUUAUUCAUUCAUUCUGUUAUCUUAACUGUAUUCCUUAUUUAACACCAACACUACAAGAAACACGUUUUAUAGGCUAACUGAUCGUGACUGGAGUUACUUUUUUUUAUAUUCAGUAUUAUUUUAUUUUGGUAAAUUAUCUGACUUAACUGAACUGAUUUUAUUAUAUUUAAGGUAUUUUUGCCACAAUCUUCCUUUAUAAAAAAAAUACCAAUACUCCAUGUUAUUAAAUAUCACGGAGGAGGGGGAUGUGGGUCCAGCCGAGCAGACGCAUCAGAGUUUGCUUUUUCUGUCGCGGGACGACAAGCUUCUCAGGUGAGGUAACGCAGACUUUUGAAAGCACAGUUUCAUCGGCCACCAGCAUUGUAACAAUCUUCAACACAUUUGUUCCGGACAUGCUUCAUUUGCUAUACAUCUGGACAGCUUUCCUUUUACCAUGCGCCUGGACUCAAAACAGCAUGCAGAAUGUUAUCGUGGAGGCAAAGAACAUUACUGUUCCAGCAGGGUCAGAUGUUGUUUUGCCAUGUCAUAACCAGCGGAUGGUUUGGAGGCAGGACCGUUUACGGGACCGCCAUCGCGUUGUGCACUGGGACCUAAUCCAGAAACGACCCGAUUACACUGUGGAACGCAUUCUAGAUAUGUUCUCAGGAGGAAUUGAGCGCCUGUAUAAUGACUAUAACAAGGGCCGUAUUACUAUCUCAAAAGAUGCCUUCAGUGAUGGCAACUUUUCACUAGUUAUUAACAAUGUGGACAUGAACGAUAAAGGUGUUUAUACCUGCAACCUGCAUCACCACUAUUGCAAGGUCCACCAGUCCAUUCAAAUCCAGCUCAAUGUCACUAAAUCACCCCAAAAGGAGAGACGUGUGUGGGAUGGUGAUAAGUCUGUGUUUGUGGUUCUGUUGGGGAAGAGUGUGGUUCUUCCAUGUGUGAACCGUAGAACAUUGUGGAGGGACAGUCAUACAGAUGAAGGCCAGCAGCAGGUUGUCCACUGGGACUGGCAAGCCCCUGGGGUCACUCGUGACCGAGCUGACCGCCUCAUUGACGUGUACGCCUCUGGAGAAAACCGGCAGUAUGGACCACUCUUCCUCCGGCAUAAGAUGAACAUCUCAACUGAUGCAUUCUCCAUGGGGGAUUUCUCUCUAAGAGUCCGUAACAUCCAGCCCUCGGAUAAAGGCCUGUUUUCUUGUCAUCUUCACCAUCACUACUGUGGUCUGCAUGAGAGGCGAAUCUUCAGGGUGAUCGUUGGUUCAUCUGUCCAGCCUUUGCCUCCAGCACUCUCACCUACUAAAGCAACAACAACUGCCUUUCCCCAUCCAGUCAUACCUGCUGAUAACCCAAAUACAAACAUGGUUGAAGCACCUCACAUCCUCAAUGUAAUUGUGCCAGAGAAUCAAACUAACCUCUUGCACCAAGUGGGCUACAUCCUGGCAAUCUUCCUGUUGCUUCUCCUCUCCCUCAUUGGAAUCAUAAUGACCACAAGGCACUGUAGAAAGAAAGGGCCUGAAUUUGAGGUUCGGAGUUACGAGCAGGGUCGAAGGACAUCAAUUGAGCUAGAUGCCACAGAAAUGCAACCCUACAAUCAUGAAGACUUGCGGCUGGAUUGCAAGAAUAACUUAAUGAAAGAAAGGGCAGAGACAAACAACUAUCCCUCUCCAAAGGUUAUCGAUCCUAACAGAGAAAUGUCAUGGAUGUGAUUCAUGGUGAGCUGCUGGCUGGUCCAGAGAAUGCUGAAUGAGAAGAGAUUCAAAGACUUUACAAUCAGAGGAGCUUUACAUUUUUUCCUUUACAUUGAGAACACAAACAGAAUUACUGUUGUGUCUGCUUCAGCAUAAUUACUGCUCUGAAACAUCUUAUUUCAUAAUACUCAAGUUCUGUUAAUAUCGGUAAAUCAUUAGAAGUGAAAUCUUUUUUUCUUAUCAUAAGUGUGGAACAGUGGUUUCACAAUGGUAAUCUGUUGAACUAAAGCUACACACUUAAAAUAGUUAGGCCAAUAUGCUGGAUUAUGCAUUUGUAUUACUCUAGUGCUGUUUUCUUUGUGGUAGAAUCCACUGUAGAUGCUAAAUCGGUCCAUGUCACAAUGGUACUUACCAGAAGAGAUGCAUUUACUGAGAAUAAGUGGGUUUUCUCCUCUAAGAAUAGAAAAUUCUUAAAAAUCUCAGGAAAUAAACAAAUACCAGUGGCUUCGGGACUAAACAGCGAAAGAUGGUAUACAAAUGAACCUCAGCGACCAUUUAGCAAUGAAAUGUCUUUUUUUUUUAUCUUACUUUAAUCCUAAUCGCUUGACAACGACUUCUUUUGUCCUAGGUUUUCAAUCCUUGUUUUACAGCAUUGUAUACAUGGCACAGUGCAGUUUAUUUGGUUUUGCAAAUAUCAGCAAGACCCAGUUAUCUUUUUUUCAUCUUUAUCGGUUUUUAUAAUUUUUUCUUGGUCAGUAAUGCUCAUUUACACAGGUUAGGAAGUAUUCAUGCAAAAUGUUACAGGUUUAUGCAUAGAAAAACCAUACAAAUGUAAUAAUCUGAUAAGCAGUAGAUUUUAUUCAAUCUGGUGUGUACAUUUAUCAUUAGAGUGGCGGUACAUGGUCAUGUUGGUAGAGGAUCAAUGUAAUAAAGUUUAU